CACAAUUUCACACCGUUUCAGUGGCAUGGUUCGCUUGAUGUAUAGCUUGUUUUUUUGUUUUCCCCCUCUACGGAAAACUCAAUGACUACUAGCAUUAACGACAGCAGCGAUGUCAAUGUCAACAUUGAGCAGCCACAACGACGGACCUUCCGUAAUCGACUCUCUGUUUGUAGGCUGCCGUCAGUCUGUAACACUAAUAGACAAUCAAGCCAUGCCAAAAGGCCCACUCUCGGUCCUUUCCCCCACUCUCAAACAGCUUCCCUGUCCCUUCAGCUGAGCUCGUUCUCCUCUCUUUCCAUGGACAAUACGCUUUCCGUGUCUAGCAUUGCAGUCCCUUCGACUACCAACGACCUUGAUCCCCGGCAGAAGGCUCUUUUGGUGAAGAAAACGCGUAAACUCAGCAAGGUUUUCGGUGAAGAACCAUCUUCGAUUCACCAAGCUUCUCGAUUUCAUCCGCAUGUUGGAUGUAGUCAUGUUGGACAGGUAUCGAGCAGCUCCAGUUCUUCUCAUCGAAGAUCGGUAUCUUCUCUUUCAGCUGCCACAUCUCAAUCUUCUUCGAGGCCGAAACAACAUUUCCACCGAGCACCGUCUCAACCCGACAUCCGAGACGAGGACAGUCAAUCAACUUCCCGGAGUCGUCCCAAUGCAAAAGCGUCUGAAGAUAUGGAUAACUCUUCUCUCAUUUCAGCUAUUGAUGUUGCGACUCCCGUCGCGCCACUAGAUAUACGCCAUGCCAAACACCGUAGGCGUCCAGCUGACAACAACUCCAGGAGUAUCGACGAUUUGCGAUUUGCACGUCAAAUCUCCCGCUGGUCCUCGGAAAGCCAGUUGAGAAGAACGCGCUCAACUUUACCGAAACUUCCCAAGAAUGGCGAGCCCCUUGUAGAUGACCCAGUGGCAUUUCAUCGUCGUAAUAUUCAGAAUUUUGGAUAUAAAGGGAGAGUUACUCGGGUCACUCGCAAACAACAUCAGCAGGCGAAGUUCGAACCCCCAGAAGGCGUCAAGCCAGUGACACUUAUCCCAUUUGUUGUGACAGAGUCCCGACCUCCAGCAACUACCUCUGGCGUCGCUGGCGGUAUAGAGGACGACUCCGUCCCCGCAGACAAGUUUGAGUCUGAAUCCUUGCACACCAGUUUCCAAUCGAGCACAGCCUUUCAGGAACGGAGACGACGAGCUGCCAAGUUGGCACAAUUUUUUGGAGUAGGCUAUCACGACCUUUCAUCGUCUUUGCCAACAUCCGAUUUAGUCUCUCAUCCGUCCUACCGGCCACCGCCUCAAACUAUGCCUACUGUGCAGGUUGACAUUGCAAUGAAGAGUCGUCGCUUUUGGGGAAAUGGCGACGACCGAUGGACAUAUAAAGAUGCAAAUAUGUUGGACGUGAUUGAUAAAUUGCGGGACCUCAAAGCGUAAUACGGGCUAGUCCUCUUUCUCCCCCUCGUAUCGACCUUCAUUUGACAUAUUUGGUUCGUGCGCCCCGGUUUCCAAGCCUUUGCUUCAUCUUCAUCCAUAUUCGAAUUCCUCGCGGCCGGUCCUGUUUGUAUCCUGCAGCUAUUUAC